AUUCCAUCGAUCGUCAAAAAGAUAUUUAUUUAGAAAACAAAUAAUAAUUGAAGCGUGUCCAAUUUUGGAGUGAGAUUUGUGGCGUCUGGUAAUGAUCUGUUGUUAGUCAAGACAAAGUGAGUGACAGACAGACUUCAACUAACUACCUUUCAUCUCCACACUCCAUCCCAUGGCAGCAAUGGCUUCUUCUUCUUCAUUCUCCAAAAUCCACACUCAUUCUUUCUCUCUCCCUACCCAAAACCACAACUCUUCAACCUCUCUCCCACUCCCAACUCUCUCCAUCAUUUCUCGCCCUCCACAUUCUCAUUCCAAAUCCAUCCUCUUCACUUCCCGACCUCCCAUAACCGCCAUUCAUGCAUCCGGCGGUGGAAUCGGAGGAGAAGGAGGCAGUGGCAGUGGCGGUGGCGGAGGAGGUGGAGGUGAUGGUGGUGAAGGUGAAUCAGAAGAUAGGGAUCGGAACAGAGAAGAAGCUUUGUUAGUACUUGCGGAAGUUGGUAAACCGUUGGAUUAUUUGCCAGCGGAUUUAGCGGAAGCGGUUAAAGCUGGACGAGUUCCUGGUUCAAUUGUGAAGAGAUUCUUUGAGCUGGAAAAAUCAAGUGUGUUUCGGUGGUUGCUUAAUUUUGGAGGGUUUAGAGAGAGAUUGCUUGCUGAUGAUUUGUUUCUUGCUAAAGUUGCUAUGGAAUGCGGUGUUGGUAUUUUUACAAAGACUGCUGCGGAGUUGGAGAAGCGCAAAGAAAACUUUACUAAAGAGCUUGAUUUUGUUUGUGCUGAUGUGGUAAUGGCCAUUGUAGCAGAUUUUAUGCUUGUGUGGCUUCCUGCUCCGACAGUUUCUCUCCGACCGCCACCUUCUGUUAGUGCUGGAGUAAUUGCAAAAUUCUUCUUUGGCUGCCCUGAAAAUGCUUUUCAGGUGGCUUUGGCUGGAACGUCGUUUUCACUUAUACAGAGAAUAGGUGCUAUUGUGCGGAACGGAGCGAAGCUAUUUGCAGUCGGGACUGGUGCAUCAUUGAUUGGUACUGGCGUAACAAACGCAUUGAUUAAUGCACGGAAGGUUGUAGAUAAAUCUUUUGCUGACGAGGCUGAGGAAGUGCCGGUAUUAUCAACGAGUGUUGCCUAUGGAGUUUACAUGGCAGUAUCUAGUAACUUAAGGUACCAAAUUCUAGCUGGAAUUAUUGAACAACGGAUUUUAGAUCCUUUGCUGCACCAAAACAAGCUUUUGUUAAGCGCAAUCUGCUUUGCUGUUAGAACCGGAAACACUUUCUUAGGCUCACUAUUGUGGGUGGAUUAUGCUCGGUGGGUUGGAGUCCAGAAGAUAAGGGAAUAGGUUUUUUCAAUUGCAAGAUAUUGUCAUGAAAUCAAUCUGGUCGAAUGUUGUGUGUUGAUUCAUGAUUGAAAUUCCAUAAUGUUGGUGUGUUGUGUUUUUUAUUGCUCUUGAGAGCGUAAUUAAUUGUAUAUCGUCGAUUAAUAAUAGUAGUCAUCAAACUCCAAGAUUCUUCAAUUACAUACAUGGUAAAAUUUGCUAGAAAGCUGCAGCAUGAGAAAAAGUAGAGUCACAUUUUUUGUGGAAGAUUGUGGCAGAGUCUCUUGAGUGUUGAUUAUUCUUAUGUGUGUAUAUUGUUUAUGCUGAAAUUACAUCGGUUGAAAACACUUUCUUCUCUUUACUUUGUUUCAAUUCCCAUUAGAUUUCCUUCA